UCCCUUUCCUUUUUCCCUUAUUUGCUAUGCAAUUCUCUUCCAUUUCAGGUUUUGCUUUCUGGGUUUCUGUUGGAUUUAUGGGAACAGAGGAGAUGAGUGUUGUGAGUCCAAGUGCAGAUCGUCUCCAGAAGGCUGGGACAACAGAAGGAACCUCUCAUGUUAACCAUUGGAAGAGGCGAAAUCUCUCGCUUGAGAUACCUUCUAGGACACCCGACUUGGUUGCAAAGAGAAUGCCCCCAUCAUCUAGUCCUACACCAAGGGAAGUGAAUUUUGUGUUACACCUACCUCUUCAGAUGAUGCUAUACCUACUGGAUCUUCGGGGCCAUCUUCGUCAAGACCCAAACCAUCCAUUAAAAGUUUCUUACCAAAACUUAGCUUCAUUUACCGAAGUUCGACGGAUGUUGAGGCGGUGUCCUGCCUUGUUUCUGAGGCUUCAUCUUCACGGACACAUGAAAAGCCUCCUCAAGCUUUAAGGCCGUUGUCGAUG